AUGUUAAGAGAUUUAAUUAAUAAUCACACUCCCUUAAAAGGUAAUUUUGAAAGACUAUCCACUCUGUUCUAAUGUGCCAUUAAUGCAUACAAAUACCCUUUAAAGUAAAUUUACUUAACAAAUAUUUCUUUAGUGGUAAUCAUCUCUCCUAAUUGGGAGAAUUAUCAGGGUAUUAUUGUGUAAAGGAUAUCCACUAAAGAAUGCUUCAGCAUCCUGUUGGCUAGAGAAUAUUAAUUGAUAAACCUAGAGUUACACCUGAAACUUUUAAAAUAGAAGAAUUAUUGAAAUUAGACGAAAAUACAUUUGGGUACUUCUCUUCUUAAUAUAAAGACAUCAAUAUGGAAAAUUUAUGAAGGACAGAGACUUUUCUAGUGGGGAAAGGCCAAUAGUUAAAUACAUUCCAGAUUUAGAAUUGGCAUAUGUCUACUAAAGAUAUAAAGAAGUAUAAUUCUUAUCAUAAACAAAAGAUUCAUGAUUUUAUACAUGUGUUACUCAUGUAUGAUGUGAGUGUCUAUGAUGAAAUUGUCGUGAAAUGGUUUGAAAUGGCUUAACUUGGAUUGCCAUCAGCUACUUUAAGUGCAUUUGUAGGAUCAUUCAAAUUAAAUUGUUAAGAAAAACAAAAAUUAAUAGAGACUUUACCAGAAAUUUUGAAAAGAGCACACAAAAGCGAAUUUAUAAUGAAUGUUUAUUUUGAAGAACACAUAAGCACAGAUAUUACACAACUUAGAAAAUCUUUGAGAUUAUUAUGAUG